AUGGAGAAAGCCCACAGCUGCAGUAUCGAUAAGCCAGAGGCAGGUGCAGAGGGCCGAGAACAGCAGAGGAAGAAGAUCUUGGGUGCGGGCCCAGGUAGCUCACCACCGAGCUCAGCCCUGAAGCACAUGGUCAUUAGCACAGCACGCAAGUCGCCCCGUGUCCCUGAUGCCGGCUCGUGGCCCCCCUCCCCAAGCCCUCUCGCGCAGUCCCUCUGUCCUCCUGUCCCGUCACGUCCCACCUCUUACGGCCACACCGGGUCUUCCUGGCCUCGGCAGGUGUCCUCUCCACAGUCAGCGUCACUGCUUUCUUCCUUACGUGCUUUUCCUCUUGUUUUCCAGGCUCUCCAGAGUAACCUGAGGUAUCCCUUGCUGCCAAGACGGCUCAUUAUCAGCAAGAGAUUAGCUCAGUGCCUGCAUCCUGCUUUGCCCAGCGGUGUGCACUUAAAAGCCCUGGAAACCUAUGAAAUUAUCUUUAAAAUUGUGCGGACCAAAUGGCUGGCCAAGGAUUUGUUCCUAUACAGCUGUGGGUUGUUCCCUCUUCUGGCACAUGCAGCCAUGUCGGUGAAGCCCGUGCUGCUUGGCCUGUACGAGAAGUACUUUCUCCCGCUGCAGAAGCUGCUCCUGCCGAGCCUCCAGGCCUUCAUCAUCGGCCUGCUGCCCGGCCUGGAGGAGGGCUCGGAGAUCUACGACAGGUGGGUCUCAUCCAGAGCUGGCGGCUGUGCCCAUCCACGUGGGCCGCCCAUGCGGUUUGUAUUUUAUUUCACUGCUGUAUAAGAAACAGGGACAGUGGGAACUCCCUGGUGGCGCGCUGGUUAAGAAUCUGCCUGCCAAUGCGGGGGACACGGGUUCGAACCCUGGUCUGGGAAGAUCCCACAUGCCGCGGAGCAGCUAAGCCCGUGCGCCACGACUACUGAGCCCGCGAGCCACAACUACUGAGCCCGCGUGCCACAACUACUGAAGCCCGCGCGCCUAGAGCCGUGCUCCGCAACAAGAGAAGCCACCGCAACGAGAAGCCCGUGCCCCACAAUGAAGAGUAGCCCCCGCUCACCACAACUGGAGAAAAGCCUGCACGCAGCAACGAAGACCCAACGC